UUGUAUGUGUCGCCUACUUUGGUACAGCGAACAAAAAUUUAAGCGAAAACAUCGAACUUGAUCGAAUUUGCGCGGAUCAAUAUCUAAUUGAAAACCCAUUCGAGGGGAAGUAAUUUUUUUUUCUGUCUAUCUCCCGAACUCGCUUAGUGAAAUUUAAAGGAGCGUCAAUUGCUCUGUUUUUGAUUGCUUUAUUGCAAUCCGGGAAGUCAAAUGGAUGAAGAAGAGAUCAACAGUGGAUUGAAUCACAUCGGUGAACAACCGACCCCUUCGGCUGGACUGAGCCGCAACUCCAUGACUCUGAUAACAAAACCGACAUCUAAGGAGGAAAAUGGCAAUAAAGGACGAAGAAUGAUCAUCAACGUGAGUGGCCUUCGGUUUGAAACGUACGAAAAAACUCUUUCGCAGUUCCCGGCGACACUGCUUGGCUGUGCGGCAAAAAGGGACUUCUACUUUGACAGCGAAAACAAUGAAUACUUUUUCGACAGAAAUCGGUCUUCGUUCGAGGCCAUUUUAUUUUUUUAUCAAUCAAAUGGCAAGCUUGUACGACCGAGUGGUGUUCCAUUUAACGUCUUUGCCGAAGAGGUGAGGUUUUUUGAACUCGGUAAAGAGUAUCUCCAGCGACUCGAAGUGGACGAGGGAUACAUCGCCGAGGAAAAACCAAAAAUGCCUGCCAAUCAAACACAGAGGAAAAUAUGGGAAUUAUUUGAGUACCCGGACAGCUCGCUGCCGGCGCGUUUUGUAGCCUUGUGGUCAGUAUCGGUUAUUUUAUUAUCGAUCAUCGUAUUUUGCUUGGAGACUUUACCAAGAUAUAGAUGUGUGGAAGACUCGCAAGGCCCCAGUUGCGAGAAAUACCAAAAUGUGACGACCUCAGACACUAAGACUAGUGGAAAAAAUGAUGUUUGGUUUAUUAUUGAGGUUUUAUGCAUCACUUGGUUUACUGUUGAAUACGUCGUGCGGCUACUAUCUUCACCGCAAAAAUUAGUCUUUAUUCGCACGUUUCUCAACAUUAUUGACUUAGUGGCGAUUCUGCCUUACUACAUCACACUUCCAAUGAACGAAACUCGCGUUACAUCUUUGGCUGUGCUCCGUGUUAUUCGGCUGGUACGCGUUUUUCGCAUCUUCAAACUGUCGCGCCACUCCAAAGGUCUGCAAGUGCUGGGCUACACUUUGCGUUCAAGUUCAAGAGAGCUGGCCAUGCUCAUUUUCUUUCUGAUGAUCGGUGUGGUGUUAUUUGCUAGCGCUGUGUUCUAUGCCGAACAGGAUAGCAAAGAAACCAAAUUUAGUAGCAUCCCGGAUGCUUUCUGGUGGGCAGUGGUUACCAUGACAACUGUUGGGUAAGAGAAAAAUUUGUUUUUUUUUUAAAGUGCAUGAAAGAACUUUUCUCCCUCAGAGUUGUUCAAGUUGAAAACACAAAGGAAUAGAAAACAGCACAAAACAGAUCAAAGUGGUGGUAGUAUCUCUUAAUUAAAAAUUUGAGAAAUAUUAUGCAAAAACCAGGAGCCCAUCAAGGCCAAAAAAAAAAAAAAAACAGAAGAAGCUGUCCUUGACAUUCCUCGUUGCCGGGGUUACCCUUCUUCUCGGAAUAGUAAGAAAAGGAGGUUUUAAAUAUAGCCUCUAAACUACUGAAAUGGUUAAAUAAGGUAAUAAACUCUAUUCAAGAGCAUUGAAGACACAUUGUACCUUUUUUAAAAGGUUAAACACAGACGUCAAGGUGAAGAGAUUAAAAGCUCAAGAAUCUCAAGUAUUGAUCGACCGCAAAAUUUGGUAUUACUGAUGUUGUUAUGAAGAUAUUUGAUUAAUUUAUACCGGCAUAAUAUCAUAAAAACUGGCAUCAUUAAGUCAAAUUUAAAGUUCGGAGUAGUUCUACAGAGGGAAAAACAACUGAAAUUCAUAAAAUUUAUUUAUAACUACGUUGUUUUCAUUACAGCAUUCAAUAAAACCUUGAGUUUACGGAAAAUGUUAAAUAGUUAAUAUUGGGAAUAUUUUCCUGUUAGAACAGGCUACAAUUGUUUAGUUUUCAAUAUGCGGAAUAAGAGAUAUUCAACGUACGCAGUAAAAUAUUUGAAUUUAUAAACGAGAGGUAAAGUACUAUAUAUACUCAUCUAUAUUAAACUUAAUUAUUAGUGAGCCCAAAUUGCCUUUAGAUAAUUUCCAUAAAAUGGAGUUUUGUUUUAUUCAAACGACAAUUGCGGAAGAGUCAACUGAAGAGUAUUUAUUUCCAGUCAGACUGGCGGAAAGAAAAGCGACUGAUAAUUGCUCAAUGAGACACAAGAGAGAUUUGAUAUCUUCUACACCAAGACAUGUUUGUACAAACAUAUUUUUUUGUAUAGCUUCUUAGAUUGAAUAAUACCUCUAAUUAUUUUAAUUGCUAUUGCAUAAGCACUGCCAUUGUUUAAGUUACCCAAACUUGGCAAAACGUUUGAAAAUGGAGAUCGCACAUUAUUAUCAACACUGCGAUGCUUCUAGAUGAGUUACGCUGCGUUUAGUUGAGCAAAUUACUCUGAAAAUGCCCUAGCUAGGUCAGAAAAAAAAAUUAAAACAAAAUUAAAUUCAUAGAAAAAAAUUCGAAUUUAACGAGCUUGAGUGGUACGGCUUGUAGUCUAAACAUACAAGCUGUCAAAAACACUUGGAUUGUUAUAUAAACUUGCUCGCCACCUUAAAUAUUAGAUGAAACACUUCACUUGUGUUCGGCUUAUAAGCACCGGAUGUAAUAUCCCUCUAUAGGAAUAUCUUUUCUUAAAACUAAAUGGACAUCUUUGAAUUUCAAAAAGCAAGUUUUGUGUUGUCUCAGUGAGAUUGGUAUAGACGUAUCAUGGUGCAUGUUUUUUGCUAUAAAUUAUCCUACUGACCUGUAUAGUUAUACCUAGGAAUUGCCCCAUUUAAGGGAAGAAUGAUAGCCUUGGAUUCUGGGAUCCACCCUGAGGAUUCCGGAUUCCGAGUACUUGAUUUCUUUUUCUUUUGUCAAAGACACUUGUAUUCCGGAUUCCCACGCCCAGGAUUCCGGAUUCCACAAGUAAAAUUUUCCCAGAUACCCUUACACGGGGCGAUAGGAAGGCGAUCUCUGUAAUAUCUACAGUUUUACAACAAAAACCGUGCUGCGUUCAUCUUUAUCGUUGCAGGAUAUAGACAAAAGCUACAAUGAAUUGUAAAUGAUAUUUGGGCAUUUUCAGCCGCGGAUAGUGUCGCACAAAAAGAGAUAAAGGAAAUGUCCAGAUGUACUGGGGAGUGGCAUACUCUGCUUACCAAGGCGCAGCUAUGAUAUGUCAAGGUUAUAAAUAGAUAAAUAAUGUUCUUUCAGUAGGAUCAAGGAAAGAUUGAAAGACAGCACGAAAAUGUGAACCUGUUUUGUCUUUUCACCCUGAUGAGUUAAUUUUCAGGCUAUAUAAAAGACGUGGGCGAGCACCCAUCACCAUGUUUUUUGCUAUAAAUUAUCCUUACCAUAUAAAUUUUCCUACUGACCUAUAUAGCUAUACCUAGGAUUACGGAGAGAUAAAAACACAGCACGAAAAUGUGAACCUGUUUUGUCUUUUCACCCUGAUGAGUUACCCUCAAAUACACUGCCAAAAGCGGAUUAUUGGAGCGUCCAUUUCUCCUACAGAUUUUCAGGCUAUUUAUAGAUGGGCGUGAGCAUCUAAGGAGCGUGUAUCAAGGCAUAAAACAUCGACUGCCAAGUUUGAAUUGUGCCCAAUUAUUAUUAGUAUGAAAGUAGUAUUAUUCGGCCGGCCAGUAAAGACCUGAUAGUCUGACCCGCUGUUUCACCUCUGAUGAGCAACGGAUGGAGGUUCUGGGCCGGGUUGGAGUUGAUGGGGUUUAAAGCUUAACUUGAUGGUGUUGCCUUUGUUUCCUUAGGUUUUCGCGGUCAGUUUGUGUGUUUCUUAUAACGCCACUUUGAAUAAAUAAACAAAUAAAUAAUUUAUUUAUUUAAACCCUUGGUUCGUUUGUCAAAUUAAUAUAUUAUAACCAUUAUCUGCUCUCAAGAGGUUGCCAGAAAGUUUCGAGAGAAGCAUGAUCUAAUUGUAAUUUCUAUUUUUAGGAAAUACACCCUCGUGGGGAGGGGGGGGGGGGAGUUUAGAAGAGUGAUACUAAAGAGGAUGGAGAAGAAGGCGUAGCUAUGAAUUAUAAAUGGUCGAAGGAUGAGCAAGCAAGUAAUAAGUUUAGGAAUACGUCCUCAAUGUUCAUAACUUGUAUCGGUCCAAACAACUAGUAAAUGGUGGGGGGUCUGAACACGGCUUUGACCGUACAGAGCUGGUCCCACGGCUGUGUCAUGCUGAUGAGCCCUAAUAAGGGUGAAAUAGCUGUCCAGGGCUCUCACUUCUCGGGUGAUAUUGCUGUACGCAUGCGUGAAGUACUGGCCAGACCGUGGGUUGCUGAACAUGAGCCACGUACUUUUAAGUUUCUCUUAUAACGUAGUUAUCCAUACUACGAAACUCGUCCCCUACGAGUUUCCAAGAAGUCCCGGUGAUUAAAAACACUCGACAGUUACCCCAGGGAACAUACGGCAUAUAAAUAAGGCAAAAUUUGUUCAUUGCUUAAUUUUUGUUUCAUUCUUUAAGCUUAAUUUUUGGUUGAGGGCCACGCGUAUAUUAUCUGUGGAUAUCAAGUGAAACCCUCAUUAAAAAACUAUCUAUCUAUCUAUCUAUCUAUCUAUCUAAACUUGUAGUAACUACCAUAAACGAGUGGAAUUAGAAUACUCCUAGUUAAAAAGAUUAGAAAAUCAGAAAAGAAAAAUAGAAGAAAUAUAGAAGGAAAAAAGAGUUAACGUAGUUGGAAAGUGGCGGUAACGUUACAUCCACUUAGAUUUUUGGCUAACUUUUUGUCAUCAUAGAGCAAUUUGGUAGCGAUUCCCAUAUUACCGUGUUUUUGCUUUUCCUCCUCCUUCGACCUCAUUCCCGGAGUUCUGUCCUACUUGUACCUUAUCUCGCUCCUUAGGGAAGAGUAGGGGAUAACCCUGGGAACAAGGGUGCAUCUCCUUAACUAUCUUUUCUUUUACAGAUACGGUGAUAUGACGCCCCGGACCUUUGGAGGUAAGAUUGUGGGCUCAAUUUGCGCUAUAUCGGGCGUUCUUACCAUCGCUCUUCCUGUUCCUGUUAUAGUUUCGAACUUUAACUACUUCUACAAACGAGAAGAGUUAACCCAGUCUUUGGAGAUGGCCGAAAAUGGCCAGUGCGGAUCAGAAAUGCAUGAACCUAACGAGGCCUUUAACGGACCCCUAAUCAGUCCUUCAGGGCAGAUGACAGUCAGUUCAUUUGAUACUCUUGGAACAGAAGAGGUCCGAGUAAAAACUGAAACUCCCGUGUAAUCACGUGAAUUUGGACAGCAGCCGAGGCUAAAACUGUGGAAGUUUUUUGCUUCAAAUCAAAGGGCGUUCGGAAAGGCUAUUAUUUGUGAGUUAGCAUCUUAAGAAAGCCAGUUUAAUCAACUGAAGGCUAUUGAUGAUUCUAGUUGUAGUGAGUUUCCAUCAAGUUAAGUCCUGCACCGCCUUUGCCGGCAUGACUCACGAGGAAACAAGGUCAGAGAGGACAAGAGAAGGUUUAUUAUAUUAAAUCUAGGAAACAAGAUGAAUGGUGCAAGUAUUAAACAAGCCUCGAGCAGAACGCAACAUGCUGAAUAUUCCAAUAUAAUUUUGAAGUACCAAGAGUUGGCAUUUCUAGAAAAUAUUCCUCUCUUUAUAUUAUUUGGAUACAAGAAAAACUUGUCACUGAUGUAAACUAUUAUUGACUUGAGUCUUAUGGGCCAAUUUGAAAGCGAUUUCGAGACAUAUUAUCUGUCCGUUAAAACCAUUAGUU